AAGCGGAAGCGCAGCGGCAGAUCCGGAGCGCGGCCAUGAGGACCCGGCGCGGCACUGUCCUGCGGCCGCCCCCGGCCCCGAGCCACCGCGGCCAUGGGCGGGACGAGGCGCCCGAGCGGGACCUGGACCUGGACCCGGAGCAGGAGCAGGACGAGGAGGAGGCGCAGGAGGAGGCGCAGUUCCGGGCGGUGAUGGCGGCCCUGGAGAGCGGGGACGAGGCUGGGGACAGCGAGGAGGAGGAUGAAGAGGAGGUGCUGGGGCUGCAGCUGCCCCAGGAGGACAGCGAGGAGGAGGAGGAUGGGGACGGUGAGGAAGAAGAAGACGAGGAGGAGGAGGCACAGGGGUUGGAUCUUUUCCUGGACCACAGUGCAGAGGAGGUUGGAGAAGACGAGGAGGAGGAGGAUGGAGAAGACGAGGAGGAUGGAUAUGACCAGGAGGAGGACGGAGUUGAGGAUGGAGAUGAUGUUGAAGAUGAAGAUGGAGAUCUGUCCAUGGAAAGCGACUUGGAGGAACGCCGUGACGAUACCAAGCUCCCCAAUGAGUUCUCCUGGGGCCAACGUAAGCAGCUCUACUACGACACAGACUACGGGAGCGAUGCCCAGGCCAAAGGCAAGUGCAACCAACAAGAAGUCGAUGCUGAGGAGGAGGAAGAGGAGCAGGAGGCUCAGGUCAUCCAGAGGCGGUUAGUGCAGGACUUGGGGGAAGAUGAUUACGGGCUGGAUGUGAUCCAGGGCUACCUGACUGAGCAGCAGAAAACCCACGAUAGCAAGGGACAAAAGAUUGACAAGGAUUUACAGGUCCUCUCCAAGAAGGAGCAGCUGAAGCUGCUGAAACAGGAGUCCCCUGAAAUCCUGCAGCUGAUUGAGGACUUUGAGGUCAAGUUAAUGGAGCUCAAAGAUGAACUGCAUCCCCUGCUGCAGAUGGUCAAAAAUGGCACAAUCCCACAGGGGAAGGGCAGCCGCUAUCUGCAAACCAAGUAUCAUCUCUACUUGAAUUACUGUGCCAAUAUCAGUUUCUAUUUGGUGUUGAAGUCCAAGAGGAUGCCGGUUCACAGCCACCCUGUUAUCGAACGGCUGGUUGCUUAUAGGAGUAUAAUCAACGACCUUGCUGUUAUAGAUCAAAAGUUAUCCCCCCAGGUUCGUAUGCUUCUGAAAAACUACUAUGAUAAAAAGGAAAAUAAAUUACGGAAGGAGAAGAAAUUUGCAGUGUUUCUCCCACUGGACGUUAGGAAAAACAAAUCAAAACGCACUCCUGGGCUUGCUAAUGCCCAGGCUAGUGCUGAUGAACAAUCAGAGGCGUCAGACCUGGAUGAAGAGGCUGCUCUAAAAUACUAUAAGAUGAUGGAGGAGAAGCUGAAACUCAAGAGAAAAAGACUUGAAGACAAAGAAGAAGAAGAAGAAGCAGUGUUAGAAGGAGAGGAUCCAAACAAAAAGAGAGGUGUGACCUAUCAGAUGAUCAAGAACAAAGGCCUCACACCUAAAAGGAAGAAGAUUGAUCGCAACCCCAGGGUCAAGCAUCGGGAGAAGUUUCGGCGCGCCAAGAUUCGCCGCAAGGGCCAGGUCCGUGAGGUUCGGAGGGAAUUGGAGAGAUAUGCCGGGGAGCUGUCUGGCAUCCGCGCUGGAGUUAAGAAGAGCCGGAAGCUUCAGUGAUGUGAGAAGGAAAGCAAGGA